AUGUUUAGUCGUGACGAAAUGAACAGAUUCAAGUCUUUCGCUGCGAAGGGAGGUGUGGUUCUCCAUCCAACUGAGUUGGAUGUCAUAGAUGAGGACGAGUUUUCGGGUCCCGUAGUGGUCAUUCUGAUGUGUGACCGUGCUCGAGCCUUUUAUGCUUGUCAGCCACAGUGCUCGGGUGUUGAUUCAGAGAGACUUCCGAUUGUCAACGUAUACAUCGAGCCAGAAUAG